GUACAAGGAGGCUGUGGCUAUGUCUUUGAAGGAACACGAAGGAUAGAUGGGAAAGAAGUAAUUACCAUCCCUCUUAUUCCUUUCUCUUUAGUGUGGUUUGUUCAUAGCAUGAAACAGAACCACAAUUAUGUUGACUAUUAACAAUGUAUUUCUCUCUUCACUUAGGUAGCUAUUAAGUACAUCCCAAAGUGUGAAUUGGACUACAUCACAGUCCCUGGAACCAUCUGCCGUCAUCCUCUGGAGGUCGUUCUGAUGCUCUUGGUGAGCCAGCCCCCAGUCUGUGACAAUGUGGUGGAGCUGUUGGACUGGUACGAGCUUCCCCAAAUUAUCGUCCUGGUCCUUGAGCGUCCCACACCCUGCAUGGACCUGUCUGACUACUGCAUGGCCAUGGGAGGGAAGCUGGAUCAGGCCGUAGCGAGGGACAUCAUGCAGCACUGCCAGAGCCGUAGCGUCUUCCACCGCGACAUCAAAAUGGAGAACCUGCUGGUGGAGACCUGCCGCGACACUAUGAAAGUCAAGCUCAUCGACUUUGGCUGCGGGGAUCUACUGAGAGCUCGGUCUUACCGGGAGAUUGCAGGUACUGCUGAGUACAUUGCCCCUGAGUGGUUUCUGGAAGGAAGAUACCAAGGGAAUGAAGCCACUGUCUGGUCCCUAGGUGUUCUUCUUUUUGGCAUGGUCAACGGUAAGCUGCCCUUCAGGGAGGACUCUGAGAUUGUCAAAGGGUGCAUGCGCUUCAAUAGAGGGAUCUCUAAAGAAUGCAGGAAUUUGGUCCGUUUGUGCCUUAUGAGAGACCCGUGCAAAAGACCCAACCUGGAGCAGAUCCUCUCUCACAGCUGGAUGUCAGACUUGUCAUAACUUGACCCAAAGUCGAACAAUGGUUAGAUGUAAGUGUCCUCUGC